AUGCUAGGCAGGAAGCGGAUAGGCCACAACCUGGUCCUGUCUUCUCUGAUUUUUUGUACCUUUGGAAGUCCCACUUCUAGCGCACAUGUCUCUGACAGUAGUGGCUAUGGCCCCAAUAAUCGGGGGGUCUGGGUCGAUGGUUUCGACAUCUUUAGCGAUUACACAAACAAUUCUGUGAUACCGCCAGGAAAGCUAGUUGAGUAUGAGUUUACACUCUCGCAGGAGUGGAUUUUCCCAGAUGGCUAUCCAAAGCUUGGCCAAGUAGUCAAUGGCCAAUAUCCGGGACCCACAGUGGAAGCCAACUGGGGAGAUACAAUUCGCGUCACAGUGCACAACAACUUCACAGAAGAUUACAAUGGUACUGCCAUACACUGGCAUGGUAUCCGCCAGUACCAGACCAACUGGUUGGAUGGCGUACCGGGAGUGACACAGUGUCCAAGCAAACCUCUGGAUACACAGAUCUAUGAGUUCCGUGCGAUGCAGUAUGGAACUUCCUGGUACCAUGGGCACCUGAGUCUGCAAUACAGUAAUGGUCUUUAUGGGCCCAUUGUAAUACACGGGCCCUCCAGCGCGAACUGGGAUGAAGAUUUAGGGCCAUGGCUUUUAAGCGACUGGUAUCAUGCUGAUGUUUUCGGUCUUGAAUGGAUUGGCGAGACCACCUUCUUAGCAGCUCUCCCGGAUUCCAUUGUGCUCAAUGGCAAAGGCACAUUUCAGGAUAAGGGAGAGCUCUACGAGGUUGUCGUUAGUAAGAACAAGAAGUACAAGAUCGGCCUCAUCAACACCUCAACCCUUUUGACAUACAAUUUCUGGAUUGACGGUCAUAACUUGACAAUCAUCCAAACGGAUUUUGUGCCGAUCGAACCUUACACAGUGCCGGUUCUCAAUAUAGGAAUUGGUCAACGCUACGAGUUUAUCAUCGAGACAAAUGCAGAUCUGUCAAAGGGAAAUAACUUCUGGGUCAAUGCACAAUACUGUGCUGAGCCAGAGCUAAUUCCGCUAUCCAACAAAAUCGGUGUUAUCAGGUACGAUGCGGCAGACACUAGCGCUCCUUACACGCCUCCGAAUCCCUAUCUCCAUUUUGGAUGCGCUGAUCCCGAUCCGAAGAAUCUCGUGCCUGUCGUUAAACAAAAUGUCGGCACCCGCGUGAAUGGCAUCGGUCCAGAAGAUUACCUGAAACUUGGCCACCAGGCGUACCCUAACGCAUCCGAUUUUCCGGGAAAAGUACGAAAAUGGAUCAUCCAGGAGACUCCACAGUUCGUAGAUUGGCAGAAACCGUCCCUUUGGCAAUAUGCGACCAGUGAUAAUGUUACAUUGCCGCCCGAGGCGGUUCCUUUCAUCCUGGACUUCGAAACUGAGGAGUGGGUGUAUUUCGUCAUAACGUCAAAUUAUACAUUACUUCCUACAGAUAUUCCACGCAAUCUGACCCCUUCUGUGCACCCGAUGCACCUACAUGGUCACGACUUCAACAUCCUGGCACAAGGUGAAGGCAUGAUCCCAGAUGAGCCUGAGCUUAACUUCGUCAAUCCCGCUCGGCGAGAUGUGAUCGACAUCGACAUUGGAGGAUGGGCUGUGAUUGCCUUCCAGAUCAACAAUCCGGGAGCAUGGCUCUUUCAUUGCCACAUCGCGUUCCAUUCAAGCGCGGGCCUGUCUCUACAAUUUAUUGAGCAACCAAGCAAGAUAAAGCCGUUAUUGAAGAGUGCCGGCAUACUUCCUGAGUUUGAGGAUCGGUGCAAAGCAUGGAGUGAGUGGUACAACACAGUAAAUAUUCCCAAAAAUGCGGUUAUUGAGGAUUCGGGGAUAUAAAGUCAUAAGUCUUGAGCAGUCGUAGAGAAGGGGUGCUACUUCAGUCAUCAUCACGUCUGACUUCAGUGGAAAUUACAUGAUUCAUGGGGAAGAUAGAGGCGUACUAAAGCCAAUAUCAAUGCCAGAUUUUCUGCAGAAGAGCCA